UCGGUUUUCACGGCGUGGGGUUAGCUUGUUGACUUGCAUGGUACUUUAAAUAACCGACAUUGCUCACGAUCCGAGCUUUUGGACCUCACCCUCCAAUCAUGGGGACAAACCUCAACAUGUUAAUUGCAUGGACCGCGGCCAUAUUCCUUCUACCAUUAUGCACCGUUGCAAAAACUUGGGUAUCCCUCCCAGUCCAUGCUCCAGCAAGGAUCGAAGACGACGCGCCUUUUGGUCACCAAGUGGACGUCGCUAUAGGCACACCCCCUCAGAAUAGCUCGUUCAAUAUCGGGAUACAGGACUGGCUUGUAGCACCCCUCGUUCCACAAUGUAUUUUUUGUCCUGUCGAUGGGAUGUAUGAUCCAAAUUGGUCGACAAGCUUUAAAGUUUCCGACAAGAGAAAAGGGAGCUUUGACCUUGGAGGGCUGGAAGGGAACGAGACGUUCACCUUAGGGGGCGUUUUACAAGACCUAAAUACUCCGAUGAUUUUCAUCGAUCAAAUGGGACCAGAGGCCGCAAAGCGCUUUAGUGGAGGCAUACUUGGGCUCGCCCCUACUAAAAACGAGUCAUUACGUGGACACAACAUUCUCGUCCGGCUGGAUGAGCAAGGCCAGCUUCUGAAUCCAGUAUGGGGACUCCGCUUGGGGGGAGAUAAUCCUCGACUGACAAUUGGAGCGCUCGAUCCAAACGAGUACGAAGGCGAACUGAACUGGGUACCGGAAUUGAACGAUACCGGGAUGAUAAAGGUGGACGCGUACAGAGGGUAUCAAGGGAAUAUCUUACCUUUUCAGUACCCCGUUACUGCGUCGUUGAGCAGCGUCAGCAAGAAUAUCUAUCUGCCUGAAAUCAUGACAUACCUCACGAACGAAUCUUUGAUCGGACCGCAAGAGGGUGUAAAUCUUGAGCCAGAUCACAAACAGCAGAUUGGGAUUCAGUGUAAUGGGACUCAGCCACCACAGCUGCAGUUUUCGGUAGAUAUCAACGGUAUCAACUAUCCAAUCAACCAACAUGACCUGAUUCGACCCCCAAGCAUCAUGGCGGCAAAAGGAUUUUGUAAUAUCGGGGUCUACAAAGCGGAUCCGGCAGGCUUUGAACUUGGAGUCGUCUUCCUGCGGAGUGUGUAUCUAGCGUACAGAUUCCCCACUGGAGAUUGUCCAGGCUAUUACGGAUUCGCCUUCCCCAAAGGCUCCACAACGACGUCCAAUCAGAAACCCAGAGACGCGCCUCCUAAUGCCUCGCAAUGCCUGUCCUUAGUCCAGCCAACUUCUACACCCACUCCAACAAUCGCGGUACAUGAAGGCAAGCUCGGAUUUUCAGAGGAGAAGUUCAGGGUUUAUGGGAAAGCCGAGGAUCAAUGGGUUGCGUUGAGAGGUGUGGGAGAUUUGCCUGCCCUGACGGUUAGAGGUGUUGAAGAUAAGUCGGUGGUCAAUGGUGGUUGAAGUCCAAGUUAACAAUAUCGAUAAGUAUGCGGGUGACCAUAUACAGUACUCAGGUUAUUGAAUAUAAUAUAUGUAUUUGCUAAGAGAC